AUGUUCCGCCGCUCCCUUAUGGCCCUUAACUGGCGUGAUCACGGCAUCAGCUACGUCAAGUACCUUAAUGUUGCGACCGAGGCACUCCACAUGGCCACCAAGGAUAAGGUGCGCGCCAGGUAUUCGCGCUACUCUUCUCCCAACUACAUUUCGGUGAAGAAUGACGGCACUGGCGUAAUGGAGGAGGUAAAGAAGGUGCCCAUCUUCACUAAGGACUACUAA